AUGCGCCGUCUCCCGCCGACGCUCGCCGUCCACCUGCCGCCAUGCCCCACGCGCACGGCUACUCCACUCGCCACCGCCGCCGGCUUCAACGUCGCGACGGUGCUCGACCUCAUCGAGCGCGCCAUCUCCGUGGGCGACGUCCGCCGCCUAGGCCGUGCCGCGCACGCGCUCCUCGUAAAGACGGCGCUCAACCAUCACACCCUCCUCUCCAACCGCCUCAUCGAGCUCUACGCCACGCUAAACUCCCCGGCGGCCUCCCGCGCAGCCUUCGAAGAACUCCCGUACAGGAAUGCCCAUUCCUACAACAACCUCCUGGCCGCGCUUUCACGCGGCCCCGCCACCCUCCCCGACGCCCUCCACCUGCUCGACGCGAUGCCUGCCCCCUCUCGCAACGUAGUAUCCUACAACACCGUCAUCUCGGCCCUCGCGCGGCACGGCCGGCAGGGGGAAGCGCUCCGCGUGUUUGCCCGGUUGGCCAGGGACAGGUGCCUGGGGCCGGAGGUGGCCGUCGACCGUUUUGCAGUGGUCAGCGUGGCGAGCGCGUGCGCUGGGAUGGGAGCCGUGAGGCCACUCCGAGAGAUGCACGGCGCCGUAGUGGUGUCGGGGUUGGAGGUGACGGUCAUUAUGGCCAAUGCAAUGGUGGAUGCGUACAGCAAGGCCGGGAGGAUGGAGGACGCCAGGACGUUGUUCAACCAGAUGAGCAUCCGGGACACGGUCUCUUGGACAUCGAUGAUUGCAGGGUACUGCCGUGCGAAGAGGCUCGAUGAGGCAGUCCGGGUAUUUCACAUGAUGCCGGAGCAGGACACAAUUGCAUGGACGGCACUCAUCUCUGGGCACGAGCAGAAUGAUGAGGAGGAUGCUGCUCUGGAACUUUUUCGACAGAUGCUGGUUCAGGGGAUGGCACCAACACCGUUUGCUUUGGUGUCGUCUCUUGGUGCAUGCGCCAAGCUCGGGCUUGUUAUUCGAGGGAAGGAAGUGCAUGGUUUCAUCUUGCGCCGCUGCAUCGGUUCAGACCCUUUCAACAUUUUCAUCCACAAUGCCCUCAUUGACAUGUACUCCAAGUGCGGUGACAUGGCGACUGCCAUGUUAAUGUUUGCAGGGAUGCCUGAAAGGGACUUCAUCUCCUGGAACUCCAUGGUGACAGGGUUCUCGCACAAUGGCCAGGGGAAGCAGUCGCUUGCCGUGUUCAAAAGGAUGCUUGAAGCUGAAGUGCAGCCAACCUAUGUUACUUUUCUUGCUGUCCUAACGGCUUGCAGUCAUGCCGGUCUAGUCUCUGAUGGCCGUCAGAUUCUUGAAUCAAUGAAGUACCAUGGUGUUGAACCAAGGGCUGAACACUAUGCCUCCUUCAUAGAUGCUCUUGGUCGGAACCAUCAACUGGAAGAAGCAAGCGAGUUCAUCAAAGAUUUGUCAUCCAGGAUUGGUCCAGGUACAACUGGGUCGUGGGGAGCGCUUCUUGGCGCAUGCCGUGUUCACGGCAAUAUUGAGAUUGCAGAGAAAGUGGCGGAGUCCCUUUUCCAGUUGGAGCCUGGAAACAGCGGUCGGUAUGUCAUGUUGUCAAACAUUUAUGCAGCGGCAGGUCAGUGGGAUGAUGCCCGCCGUAUCAGGGGGAUUAUGAAGGAGAAGGGUCUGAGGAAGGACCAAGCUUGCAGUUGGAUCGAGGUGCGGAAUGCGAAGCACAUGUUUGUUGCUGAUGACACGUCUCACUGUGAGGCAAAUGAGAUAUAUGGGACGCUGGACAAACUUUUUGAUCAUAUGCGUGUUGUAGUGGAUCCUGUUGAAGACCAGCUUGCGCUGUGCUGA